CUGCUCUCUGGAGACCCCAGUGGUCAGGAGCUCCCACACUUGGCACCAUGAACACCACAACUGCCACCUCUGUCACCCCUGGCCCAGAAGCUGCCCCCAAGCCAAGUGCCAAGUCUAUCUAUGAGCAGAGGAAGCGUUACUCCACGGUGGUGAUGGCCGAUGUGUCCCAGUACCAGGUCAAUCACCUGGUGACCUUCUGCCUGGGCGAGGAGGACGGCGUGCACACGGUGGAGGACGCAUCCAGGAAGCUGGCCGUCAUGGACAGCCAGGGCCGCAUCUGGACCCAGGAGAUGCUGCUGCGCGUGUCCCCUGGGCACGUCACGCUGCUCGACCCGGCCUCCAAGGAGGAACUGGAGUCCUACCCCCUGGGGUCCAUAGUGCGCUGCGACGCUGUGACGCCGCCCGGCGGGAGCCGCUCGCUGCUGCUGCUGGUGUGUCAGGAGCCCGAGCGCCCGCAGCCCGACGUGCACUUCUUCCAGGGCCUGCGCCUAGGGGCGGAGCUGAUCCGCGAGGACAUCCAGGGGGCUCUGCACAGUUACCGCUCCGGACGAGGGGAUCGCAGGGCAGCGGCGCUCAGGGCCGCGGAGGAGGAGCUGCAGCGCCGGCCUGCGCCCGCCGCCCAAGACAUACUGAACCACGUGUUUGAGGACGUGGAGACCUUCGUAUCGAGGCUGCAGAAGUCGGCAGAGGCCACCCGCGUGUUGGAGCACCGGGAGCGCGGCCGCAGGACCCGCCGCCGGGCAGCUGGUGAGGGCCUGCUGACGCUUCGAGCCAAGCCACCCUCGGAAGCCGAGUACAAGGACGUGCUUCAGAAGAUCAAGUACGCCUUCAGCCUGCUGGCCCGGCUGCGCGACAACAUCGCCAACCCCUCUUCCCCGGAGCUGCUGCAUUUUCUGUUCGGGCCGCUGCAGAUGAUCGUGAAUACCUCCGGGGGCCCUGAGUUCGCCAGCGGUGUGGAGCGGCCGCACCUGACGGCCGAGGCCGUGGCGCUGCUGCGAGACAAUGUCACCCCUGGAGAAAAUACGCUGUGGACCUCACUCGGGGACUCCUGGACCCGCCCCGGGUUGGAGCUGCCCCUAGAGGAGGGACCCUCUUACAGCCCCAAGUUUUACAGCGGCUGGGAGCCACUGGCCACCGACCCCCAGGGCCGCACCUGGGAGGACCCAGUGGAGAGGCAGCUCCAACACGAGCGAAGGCGCCAGCAGCAAAGCGCACCCCAAGUUGCUGUCAAUGGCCACGGGGAGCCAGAGCUGGAGGAGGAGCCGACAGGAAAGUGGGUCCUCUGUAAUUACGACUUCCACGCCCGCAAUAGCAGCGAACUCUCAGUCAAGCAGCGAGCCGUGCUGGAGGUCCUGGAUGACAGGCGCAAGUGGUGGAAGGUUCGGGACCAACAGGGCCAGGAGGGCUAUGUACCCUAUAAUAUCCUGACACCCCACCCCGGACUCGGAGCAGUGCACAGCCUGGAGAACAGCGCUCCUCCUCAUAACCCUCCGGCUGCAGUCCGGGCCCCUACCCCGGCUCCGGCUCGGAACAGCUGCGAUAGCCUCAACAACUUGGACCCCAGCGAGAAGGAGAAAUUCUCCCAGAUGCUAAGUGUAAACGAGGAGCUGCAGGCGCGCCUGGCCCAGGGCCGCUCGGUGCCCAGCCGCUUAGCCCCGGGACCCCGCGCACCAGAGCCGCAGCUCAGCCGGAACGCUGAAGCCGCAGAAGUCCGCGCUUGGCUGCAGGCCAAGGGGUUUAGCGCUGAGACUGUGGACGCGCUAGGCGUGCUGACCAGCGCGCAGCUCUUCUCUCUGCAGAAGGAGGAGUUGCGGGCGGUGAGCCCGGAGGAAGGCGCGCGCGUGCACAGCCAGCUCACCGUGCAGCGCGCCGCCCCGCAGAACAAAGAGAAAGUGUCCGAGCUGGAGGCGGUGAUGGAGAAGCAGAAGAAGAAAGUGGAAGGCGAGUUGAAAGCGGAGGUCAUCUGACCCUCCCUGGCCCUUCGCCAAUGUGACCAUGACGGGUGC